AUGAAUGGGAACUCCCGACAUUUAAAUAGGUCAGAACCUGCUAACCUCAGCAUGUAUGGAAGUGAAGAUGGGCUUUCAGCAGGCACUGCCUCCACAGCAUCACUGAGAGGCAUCGGCGUCAGCUCUAGUUUAGCAAGUCACCGAGUUCCUUCUCCAUCACUGAGUUUGUCCGAGUCCACCCCAACGCAUACCGAUUGUACAGAAGAUAUGGGAAGUACGAGUGUCUUAGAUGCAGCGGGAAUGCCUUCACCUGGUCGGUCACCAGCCCCCAGUCCAGACCUACGCUACAGCAACAGACGAGGAAGAAAGGGUGCAGCCUCCCCGCUCGCCCGACCAUCGCAGAAAGAGAGCACAGACAGAGUUUCUGCGAGCUUGACCAUGGCAGAACCAAGACGGGACAUGACUGUACAGGUUACCCCAGGCUCACCACAAAUUAAAGGAAAUCAUUUGCCUGAAGCACAAACAACAACAACAUUGCAAACAGCAGUGACGUCUGCUACAGCUGAUGCUCUUGCGACAGAAUCAGAAACGACGUGGUUGUGA